AUGUUGAGGAAUUACAUUAAAAACUAGAAAUCAUAUUCCAAUUUUAAUCUUUAUUAGGAUUAUUAAAUAAUAUUAGAUAAUUCUUAAGGUUCUUUUUGUGUUUAGCUAAAUCCAAACAUAGAAUAGCAAAUUGCUAAAAAUACUAGUAAUGAUUUUUGUUAAUCAAUUUAAUAAUAAGCCGAAAACUCAGUUAACUGCGCAUAUAAUUACUGUUUGAAUGAAAAUUAUAAUUGUGUUCCACUUAGUAAUUAAGAUGGAUACAGAGGUUUUUGCAUUUAUAAUAACUAAUGUGUACCCAUUUCAGGCAUAUAUUUAGGUAAGGAUGAAAAUUAAAAAUGCGUAACUAGUUUAUAAUGUACUAACUAUCCUAUUCCUUAGUUAAUAGAUUGCUAAUUUAGUCUAGAAAUAUGUUUUGAAAAUAACUAAUGCUAUUUUUUAAAUGAUGUUAGUGGCACUGGUUGUUCUUCAUAAAGUUUGGUGUAAAUGUAUGGAGCAGAUAUGGAUGGAAACUGUUUACAACAAUAUUAAAUGUAGGCGAUUAAAUGUUCCUCAGGUUAUUGCAUAAUCAAUAAUUAUUGUCAAAAAUAUAAUAACUAAUAUGUUGGAAGAGAUAAAAACUACAAUUGCUUAAAAGAAAAAUAAAUAACAGCUAUUGAAUGUGAAAAUUAAUUCUGCCUAUUGCAUUAAAGAAUAUUAAAGAGUAAUCCAUAAUAAUGUAUUACUAUAGAUUCGCCUAAUUAGCCAGCAUCAACAUGCGCCUAUGGAUAGUAUUGUAAAGAUCCUGUGACAUUAUAUUGUGUUCAAAUGUAGCCAGGAUAUUGCUAAUCAUAUAAGUAAAGUAACUGUAAGUCAUGCCCUGACUAAACAUGCAAAAAUAAUAGCUAGUAAACAUGUGUUGAAAUGAUAAAUUUAUAGUUACUGUCUAAUUAGUGCAUAAUUAAAUAGAGACCUGAUGUUCCUUGCUAAAUUAUUGACACAAAUUAAUAUUUAAACUAAAUUUUGGUUAACCCUUCCUAUCCUAUACAAUGCACAAAUACUUUGAGGAUGUGCCAAAACCUCUCAAAAAGUUCUUAAUUUUGUUAAUCUUGCCCAAUUAACUUUAUUUAGCCAGGAAAUGGAAAAUGUUAUAAUUUAGAAGAAUAAUAGGAAAACUAAUAUAAUUCGAAUUCCUUUUAUUCUUUUUUGAACACAAUUUACAUUUCAGAAAGCUUUGGUGUUGAAGAUUCUUAAUAAUGUCCAUAUAAAAAUAAAUCCUUAAAAAAUCAUUUGCAUUUCUAUAAAAAACUUUUAGAGCAUUGA